AGGAAGCAAAGCUGAUGCUGAGAGCUGUGCCAGGAUGGCAACAGCUUUGUGAAAGCUGAUCUAGCAGCAGGGAUUUGGAUUCCCCCUUUUCCCCUCCACACACUCUGCUUUGAGAAUUGCAAAUGCUAAGAGACUUUGACUAACUGAAGAGACUGAGGAGAGUCUGCUAAGCUGGUGGUACCACGCCCCAAACUGAAGCACUUCAGGCUGGUAGGAAGUGAUAUACUCUAGCAGAUCCGAACAAGUGAGCCUUUAUCUACACACUGCUGGACACCUUCAAACUAUGGACAAGAGUAUAUUUGUGUGCUUUAUCCUCCUGGGCACGGCGAUUCAGAGCAGCCAGGGAUGCUACUGUGAACAUUACCCCUGGGGCGCAUGGUCAAGCUGUUCAAAAACGUGUAAUUAUGGAACCCAGACCCGGCAAAGGCAAAUAAAAAUGGAUGAUUAUUAUAGAAAAAACUUCUGUGACCAAUUGUGCACAAAGCAGGAAUCCCGGGCAUGUAACGAGCAGGCAUGUCCUAUCAACUGUCAGCUUGGAGACUUUGGUCCUUGGUCAGAAUGUGACCCGUGUGUUAAAAAACAAUUUCGUGUCAGGUCCUUGCGGCGCCCAUCUCAGUUCAGGGGACAGGCCUGUACUGAACAAUUGGUGGAUUCCCGGAGGUGCUUCCCAACUAAACUUUGCAACAUAGAGGAAGUUGACUGCAGGAAUAAGUUCCAGUGUGAAAAUGGUCGCUGCAUUGCCAAAAGUUUGGAGUGCAAUGGAGAGAACGACUGUGGGGACAACUCAGAUGAAAGAGACUGUCGGCGGAUAAAGACCGUGUGCAACAGGAGAUAUGAGAGUAUCCCCAGUGUACAGUUAAUGGGCAAUGGUUUUCAUCUUCUGGCUGGAGAGAGCCGAGGAGAAAUCCUUGAUAACUCAUUCAACGGAGGAAAAUGUACAACUGUAAAAGGCAAUGACACAAGGAAAUCAUUUCGUGUUCCUGCAAAUCUUGAGACUAUCCGCUUUCAGGUGGAAAAUGAAGAGGAUGAUGUGGCAUCGGAUUUCUAUCAGGAUAUAAUUCCUCUGCACACAGAAUCUGCUAGUUAUGCUUCACACACUGGCUCUGGAAGAAGUUCUUCUGGGAUCCCAGGUCUCUUCUCAAAAAAGAGACGUGUAAAAAUCACAUCAUCUUCCUCCUUCAAGGAAGCCAUUGACGCCUCAUAUAAAAAGAAUUCCAACUUUAUUAGGGUCCAUAAAGUGAUUGCAGUUUCAAACUUCACAAUGAAACAGUCAGAUCUGCAGCUUUCAAAUAUCUUUCUAAAGGCACUUAACCACCUGCCUUUGGAGUACAACUAUGCUUUAUAUAGCAGAAUUUUUGAUGACUUUGGGACUCAUUACUACACUUCUGGAUCAAUGGGUGGCACAUAUGACCUUCUUUAUCAAUACAGUGCUGAAGAACUAAAGAAUUCAGGCUUGACACAGCAAGAAUCAACGGAAUGUGUCCGCGUAGAAACAACUAGGCGAGUGUUUUUCAGAAAGAAAAAGAAAGUACAUACGACGUGCACCACAAAUAAACUGACUGAACGCCAUGAAGGAUCAUUUUUGCAGUCAGCUGAACGAUCUAUUUCACUGGUAAAAGGUGGAAGGGCAGAAUUUGCUGCAGCUUUGGCCUGGGAGAAAAAGGGGGCUUUCCCAGAGCAUACAGUAUUCACAGACUGGGUGGAAUCAACAAAGGACAAUCCUAUUGUGAUUGAUUUUGAGCUGGCCCCCAUCCUGGAUUUGGUGAAGAACUUCCCCUGUGCAGUGACUAAACGGCGCAACCUCAGAAGAGCUCUUAUUGAAUACAUGGACAUAUUUGACCCUUGUAAAUGUGCCCCCUGUCCCAAUAAUGGCAGACCUGUGUUGUCUGGAACAGAGUGUCUGUGUGUGUGUCAGGCUGGAACCUAUGGGGAUAACUGUGAGAAACGCGCACCAGAUUACAAAUCAGUUGCAGUAGAUGGUUACUGGAGUUGCUGGUCUGCCUGGAGCUCCUGCGAUGCUGCUUUCAAGAGAAGAAGGACCCGUGAGUGUAAUAACCCCGCACCGCUGAAUGGAGGGAAGCCGUGCCAGGGUGAACGUGAGCAGGAGGAGGACUGUUACAUCUCAAUGUUUGUGGACAAAGGGGCUCCAUGUGUAAAUGACAAUGAAGCAAGAAAGGAAGUGGAUGUUUUCAUUGGUGAACCAGAGUCUGGAUGUCUUAAGCCAUCCCCACCAGAAAAUGGAUUUCUCAGGAAUGAAAAGAAUCAUUAUGCAUUUGGGGAAGAAGCUGAAAUCGCCUGCAUGACUGGAUAUGAGCUCAUUGGCUAUCCGUUCCUCAGGUGUCUACCAGAUCAUACCUGGGCACAGCAGCCUGUUGAGUGCCAAUCAUCAAUGUGCCCUAAACCAUCAGUAUCUGAGAGCGUCACAAUCUCCCCAUUAAAAAAUGAAUACAAGGUCGGGGAAACCAUCCAGCUACGCUGCCCAGCUGGCUUCAUUGUCACUGGUGGAAAGCAGUACACUUGUAGGAAAGAGGUAUCAUGGACACCUCCUAUAUUGAGAUCACUUACCUGCGAAAAAGAUGAGCAAACUAAAGCUAGAGGUAACUGCAGCCCAGGACAAAAACAGGUUGGAUCUCAAUGUGUUUGCAUGUCUCCAGCACAGGAUUGUGGCCACUACUCUGAAGAUGUCUGCGUACUACAUGCAGUUUCUGAAAGUCCCUCUACAAAGCCCAGCUGUCAGUAUUUAGCUGAAAAAUGCCUUAACGAGCAGCCACUCCAUUUCUUGCAUUCUGGCCCCUGUCAUGGUGAUACCAACCUGAACUGGGCCAUUGAAAGGGCAAAGCUUUCAACAAAUAGCUCAAAGAAAGAGCUCUGUGGAUAUGACACAUGCUACGACUGGGAAACGUGUUCAGAUUCGCAGUCACAGUGCUUCUGCCUGAUACCCUACCAAUGUCCAAAGGUUGAGAGCCAGCUUUAUUGCAUCCAAAUGGAAUCUACAAGUAGAAAAAGGACAGCCAGUCUCUGUGCACUGGGAGCAAUGAAAUGUGCCGGCAUGAAAAUAGAAGUACUGCAUCAGGAGAACUGUUUGAAUUAAUGUAUUUGGGCCGUAUGCAUCCAAUAAUAUACUUGGCCUUAUGCUUCAGGCCAUGCAACAUAGGAUAGCUUCUCCUGAGGAAAGAUUGGCUGACUACCCAAAUAAAUCAAAACAGCAAAAAGCCCCAGAGCUCUGUGGCUGGGAUUUACAGACUUGCUCAUAGGUUGGUGAGGAUCUCAUGCAAAUGAGCCCUCUACCUCCUACACCCUACUAUGCCCAAUUUUACCUUUGUCUCUCUCUCCACCUUGCAGGCGAUGCAUGCACCCCUUGGGCUGCAAGAAUUACUCUCAUAGGCUGCAGUAAGAUUCUUGUGUGGCUCCUGGAGAGAGGGAUGGCAAUUGUCAUAUUAUCUGUUCAAAAAUACCUUGCGCUUUGGGACUGAGGGUCUUUCCUACUAUCAACUGUGAUGCUGUUUGGGUCCUUUGCCCUAGUUUUUGGGACUCUCCCCUCCCCAAUCCCGAGGGGAUUUGUUGAUGGUAGAGGGCCGUCUCCUCUGUCUCUGCCCGCCCAGUGCUGAGCUCCAUACUGGAGUUCUCAGACAGGAAGGGGACUCUGGGUGGCCCAGCACCUUUACUUUUCCUUUAAUGAUGGUCAGUCAAACAGAGAGACGCUGCCCCCAGUGUUGAAGACCUCAAACAAUGAAAUGAGCAGUAUACAGCACUUCCAGUUGCAGUCAUUCCAAAAUCCUGAAUCAGGCCUCCUCAAAAUCAUGAGAUUGGCUAAACAGUGAGGUAUUUUUUUUUAAAUAAAUGUGCAGUUCUCUUUAUUUGCCUGCUGGGGUUUUUGUUUGUUUAUUUUAUGUUUAGCCUCUAAGGUUCACAGCCUCAAGCUUUCCACCCGAGAGAGCUAGAAAUUUACUUUCCAAACAGAAAGAGCUGAGUUUCUAACAUAAUCGCUUGACUCCAUGAGCUGAAGCUUUGAGAAAACCAACUAACUUCUUGAUACUUGCCCGUUCUCACCAUUUUAUUGCAACUCUGAUGCAUCAUGCAGUAUGGCUCCUAUAUCUGGCCAUUCAGCUGGGCUGAGUUCCAGACUUCACCCAGGAACAGAGGCAUAUUUUAGUGGCCACUGAGGCUAAACAUGGCGUGGCAGUUUUGCAUCCAAGGAGGCACUGGCUCCUAAGAGCAGGGGAGCUGUGGAACCUCAGCAACCACUAACCCAGUAGUCAAGUAUCAGAGGGGUAGCCGUGUUAGUCUGGAUCUGUAAAAGCAGCAGAGAGUCCUGUGGCACCUUAUAGACUAACAGACAUUU